UCCUGUGUUGACGACACAGAUUAUAUUUUGUUGCUACUGUUACAUGUCGCGGUUGGUUGCAAUGCAAUGCAUAUCAUUAGUACAAAUAGGGAUUAGUGAAGGGAAGUUUUAGAGAUAUUGUUACACGAAUAACCGAGAAAUUACCGAUUAUUAUUGGACCUCGUCUUUUGAAAAUAGUCUACUUCACCAAAAAUGACAUAAUCACUAGCUAGCUAUGUGGUAAUCUGUUGGUGGGUCAAAAACAUUUUCUAUUUGAUUCUCGAAGGCUAUUUUGAAUCGGUGAUUUAAUGGCGAACAUAAGAACGUACAUCAGUAUAGGAUAUGCUACCUUCGGUAUGCUGGUUGGCUUUUCGGCGUUCCUUGUUUGGAACAUUGCAUACAAACAACCAUGGACGGCGGCUAUGGGCGGCUUGUCAGGAGUUCUGGCGUUCUGGGCACUGGUCACUCACAUCAUGUACCUGCAGGACUACUGGCGCACCUGGCUGAAGGGACUCAAGUUCUUCAUCGUUGUUGGUGUUCUGUUCUCUGUUUUAGCUGUGGUGGGCUUUGCCACCUUCCUGACCCUAGCCAUCACACAGAAGCAAUCUCUGACUGACCCACAGAGCCUCUACCUGACCUGUGUCUGGAGCUUCCUGACCCUCAAGUGGUCCUUUCUCCUGGCCCUGUACUCACAUCGGUACCGGCAGGAGUUUGCUGACAUCAGCAUCCUCAGUGACUUUUGAUCUUAACCACACAGCCAUACGACUGGGACAGACUGUUAGGUGUUUGGCUGUCUAACAGCAGUGAGUUCUUUGAUCUGGUCAAAGAGGGGUUGCAAGAAUCCAGUCAAAGACAAACCAGGAAGAAAUAUAGAAGAUUACAAGCUGAUGUGACUGGAUGCAAAAUCAUUGUACCUUUAUCCCACCUAGUUGCAUGCUCCGGAUAAGCCCUAUUUUCUAUCAACAAAUAUUCCCAUAUGUAGCCUACUUAACACAUUACUUGAUUUAUUUGUGUCAGGAAGCAUUAACAAUUGUACAACUGCUGGUUGACUUGGCAUCAAUGACAUGAGUAGAGGUUUAUGUCUCUAAGACUUACAAGCCUAUUUGUGGAGUGGCUUAGCUGGAUACAGAUUGGGCUGCAGAGGCUAUGAGAGGUUCUGACUCUUUGGGGUAGCUUCAACUGUUCAAAAUGACACAAGUGUUAUUUUAUCUCAAAUGUUGUUUUUAAUGUAUUGCUUCAUUUAAAGAGGAUAAUUUAGGACUAAAUGUUACAGCUGGCAAGGUGAAGAGAUGCUCUUGUGAUCUCCUUGUUGUUCUUUAUUUUGCCACUAGAGGGAAGUACACUUUCUCAGCCACCCUUACUUUUUCAUGUUAUUGUUUUUAUUUCAAAGAGAACUCUUUUACCGUCUGGUUGUGGUAAAUGAUUGCACUUUAAACAAUGCUAUUGCUAAACAAAUUUGCACUCUCAAAGCUGGCAUUCUGAUGUUUAUUACCAUAUUAAAAUAGAAGAUGUUAGAAGUGAAAGUUUUAUGAAUGUAAUGGAAGAGAUUUGAAUGUUAAAGGCUUGUUUCCUUCACUUGAUGUUUCCCAUCUUUAGAUUACUAUUGUUAAUCCUUGUUUAUAUAUUUGCGCUCUUAUAAUAUCAAAUUGAUGUGUGGUGUAUGUCAACAGUAGCCAUAUUUUAAUCUUUAUGUUUUUAUGAUUUUACACCAGAACUUCACUAUUGAAAUGACCAAUAAUAAAGUGUAAUAUAAAAUGUA